AUGCGAGAGAUGAAGACUAUGCACGCUGCCCUCUGCAAGGUAGCCGAUGUGGCGAGUGAUCAGCUCGACGAGCAGGUUAAGCUCUGGGCUGAUGAGGUCAGGGAGCUCUCCUACGACAUGGAAGACGUCGUUGACAAGUUCCUUGUGCGUGUUGAUGGCUCUAAUAGACCUGCUGAUGAUGGCAACAAGCCCACGAAUCUUGUGGAGAAGAUGGCCAACUUGUUCAACAACGGUAAGGCUCGCCGCCAGAUUUCUAGCGCCAUCAAGGACAUCCAGAAAGAUGUCAAAGAUGUGGCAGCCAGGCGUGGAAGGUAUACAGUCUAUGAUAUUGUGCCUAAGCCUACAGCUAGGACAGCAAUCGAUCCUCGUCUCCGAGCUCUGUACACUGAAGUUACGGAGCUUGUCGGCAUCUAUGGGAAGAGAGAUCAAGAGCUUGUCAAGUUAUUGUCCUUAGGAGAUGAAGAUCUGUGCAAGAAGAGACUAAAGAUAGUCUCUGUAGUUGGAUUCGGAGGACUAGGCAAGACCACUCUUGUUAGAACAGUAUAUGAUAAGAUCAAAGGAGGUUUCCAUUCUUGGGCUUUUGUUCCAGUUGGUCGGAAUCCUGACGUAAAGAAGAUAUUCAGGGACAUUCUCAUUGGUCUAAACAAGCAAAUUUACAUUAAUAUCAAUCUCAUGGUAUUGGAUGAAAGGCAACUUAUCGAAGAAAUCCGUGAAUUACUUCAGGAUAAGAGAUACCUCGUCAUAAUUGAUGAUAUAUGGGAUGCAAAACUAUGGGGAGAUAUCAAGUUGGCUUUCUCUAAUAUGAACAAUUUUGGAAGUCGACUAAUCACGACAACCCGCAUAUUGAGUGUAUCUAAAGCAUGUUGUCCUUCCACUCAUGAUUCCAUUUAUGAAAUGAAACCUCUCUCAGAUGAUGACUCUGCAAGGCUCUUCUACAAAAGAGUGUUUUCAAGUGAGCAUGGUUGUCCUAAUGAACUUAAGAAGGUAUCUAAAGAUAUAUUGAGGAAAUGUGGCGGCGUGCCACUAGCCAUCCUUACUAUUGCUAGUCUUCUUGCUGCUGGUAAACAGAUAAAGCCAAAAUUUGAAUGGCAUGUUCUGGUAAACUCGAUUGGUCGCGGACUUACAGAAGAUGCAAGUAUGGAGGAAAUGCAGAGGAUACUAUCAUUUAGCUAUUAUGAUCUACCUUCUGAUAUGAAGACUUGUUUAUUAUAUCUAAGUAUGUAUCCUGAAGACCGUGAGAUUGACAAAGAAGAACUUAUAUGGAAGUGGAUAUGUGAAGAAUUUGUGCAGCAUGGAAAGGAACUAACUAGCACAUUUGAGAUUGGGGAAAUUUAUUUCAACGAGCUGAUAAAUAGAAACAUGAUUCAGCCAAUAUACACUGGUUUUUGUGAAAUAAAAAGUUGUCGUGUGCAUGAUAUGGUGCUUGAUCUGAUUCGUUCCUUGUCAGGUGAAGCAAAGUUCAUUAUAGUAUUGGAUAGUAAUAAGAAUAUGACGUGUUCUCGUGGCAAUAUCCGUAGGAUAUCUCUCCAAAAUUUCGAGUUAGAUCCACCAACCACUCCUCUCGUUAAUUCAAUGAGAAUGUCUCAAGUAAGGUCCAUUAUUGUCUUUUUUCCAGCUAUGACUAUCAUGCCUGCUCUAUCUAGCUUGGAAGUUUUACGUGUAUUGGAUUUGAGUGGAUGCGAUCUUGGGGCAGUUAACUGUCAAGUUAACUUGAGGGAUAUUGUGUAUUUAUUUCACCUAAGAUACCUAGGUCUAAGAAGAACUGGUAUACGUGAACUCCCAAAGGAAAUAGGAAAUCUGCAAUUUCUGCAGGUGAUAGAUGCACAAUACAAUUUUGACAUGAGAGUUUUGCCGUCAUCUAUGUGCAAGCUAAGAAAGUUGAUGGUCGUAAAGGUUUUGAUAUGCUGCAAUUGGACGCCUGGUGUCUUGGGUAACCUGACAUCAUUGGAAGUGUUGGAGAGGAUCUAUGCCUCUCCAAGCACUGUGCAAGAGCUUGGCAACCUGGCAAGGCUGAGGGAGCUCGAGAUUCACUUCCUUCAUGGGAGCCCCGAGUUAGAGGAAGCUUUUGUGGAGUCUAUAUGCAAGCUGAAUGAUAUCCAAAGUCUGAAUAUUAGCUACCAGGAUUUACCAUACCUGGGUCUCUUGGGGGAACGCUGGGUACCCCCGCGAUGUCUUCGCAAAUUUGAGUUCUUUUCAGACCACAUGGCAUGCUCUACAUUGCCGAUGUGGAUAAUGAGAUGCGGCCCCUCGCAUCUAUCAAACCUAUCCACGUUCAGUAUCAUAAUCAAGGAAGUGCGGCAGGAGGAUGUGCAAAUCCUUGGGAGGUUGCAUUCUCUUCGCCAUCUUUGGAUGCAAAGCACCCACCAAACAGAAAGGUUGCUCGUCAUUGGCGCGGAUGGGUUUGGUUUAACGAUAGCCUUUGCAUUGCAUUGUCAGCCAGCCACUCAGGUAGUCUUUCAGCAAGGAGCUUUGCCAAAUGCAGAACAAGUCCGAUUCAAUUUGGGUGUGCGGGUGGCCAAAGAAGAUGGUAACGGUGAUUGCUUUGAGCUCGGCCUGCUUGACCUGCUCUCACUUCAGAGCGCGAUGGUUGAAAUCCAUUGGGAUGGCGUCACAGUUAAGGAGGCCGAGAAAGCGGAGGCUGCGGUGAGAAAUGCAUUGAACGCCCAUCCUAACCGACCAAGCAUUGCUUUUAGUAUGGAGCCAUAUAUACCAGAAGACACUGAUGAUGAGGAUGACGAUGACUAUUAUCAUGACGACAUUGAUACUGACGUUCAAGGAAAAAGAAUGGAUCUGGAGUAUGUACGCUUUCUUUCAUUUAAUUCUUGA